AUGCGAAGGACUGGAGUGAAUUUAUCGAAAGUUGUGGUUCACAUAGAUUUGAAGGGAGCUCCGCCUAAGUUGGAAUACCUUACGUCACUGCUACCAUUGUUUAAGGAUGUUGGCGCCAACGCUUUGUUGUUGGAGUACGAAGAUAUGUUUCCGUAUAAAGGAGACAUCGCAAAUUUGAGUUCUAAGUAUUGCUACAAGGAACAAGAGCUUAAGGAGUUUAUAAAAUUUGCAACGAACGAAGGCUUAGAAAUAAUACCAUUGAUUCAAACAUUUGGUCACUUAGAACACGCUUUGAAGUUAGCAGAAUUCAAACAUUUAAGGGAAAUAACUAUAUAUCCUGAUUCCAUCUGUCCCAGCAAUGCAGGAAGUAUAAUUCUCAUCGAUAGUAUGUUAAAGCAGAUAAUUGGUUUUCACAGUAGUGUAGUGGAACUUAAGCAUAUACACGUCGGUUGUGAUGAAGUAUUCCAUAUAAAUAAAUGCGACCAGUGCCGUAGCCGUGAUAAUACUGACGUUGGUAUUUACAUGAGUCAUCUGCGGCGAGUAACGGAAACGCGGAAGAAUUACUACAUAAAACUCCUGGGCGUCAUA